GGCAAAGUUUCCGAUAAAUUCAUAGUGUGCCAGCGUUGCUGAAAACUUUCUUUGUAAAUUUGAAAACAUUAAUAACAAUAAUCGAUAAAAAAUUAAUGUCUUCAAAUAUUGAAGCACCCUGGAAUUACUCUUGGAUCAUUCCAGGUUAUCUUGUUGGUACUUCUUGCCCAAACACAAUAGAAAAUUUGAAUUUUUUGAAACAAGAAGGAAUAAGUCGUUUAAUUACACUUUCCCCAGAAUAUAGACCUGCAAAAACGGCUUUCCCAGGUAUACAAUGGAGUUACAUUCCAAUAGAAGAAUUCGAAGCUCCUUCCUUGGAGGAUAUGAAGACAUUUAUCAAGAUAUGUCUGGAAGCUAAAGAAAAUAAUGAAGCUCUAGCAAUACAUUGUAGAGCUGGCAGAGGUAGAACGGGAACAAUGGCGGCCUGUUAUUUGGUUCAUUUUUUGGAUCUCACUCCAGAAAGAGCCAUUACCAAGAUACGAUUCAUGAGACCAGGAUCCGUGGAAACGUAUUCGCAAGAAAAAGCAGUCGCUCAGUAUUUUGAUUAUUUACGAUCAGUAGAAAGUGGAAGGUUUUAAUUCUGUAUUUAUUGAUUUUAGAAUGUUGAAAAAUUGAAAACAUUACCAAAAAGGCAAUACAAUAGACGAGAAAAAUUAUACAGGGUGUCCGGAAAAUAGCGUAAAAGCUCUCCACUACGCAUUGGCGUAUCCAGGAUUAUGGUUUGGGGGGGGGCUGUGUUAACAAAAAAUGUUAACCAAAAAAAAGAAUCGGCGCAGGUGAAAAAAAAAUUUGAAGCCACGCAGCUUAGCCCAACGGGCCACUUUCACGUGCCUCUCAUUGGAUAAAGCCAAUAUUCAUGCGCUUGUUUCCACAUGAGAAAUCCCCAAAUAUUUCAGGAUCAUUGUAAUAGGUCAUAAAGUCAUAGAGGUUAUUGCAAGAGUUCACCAAUGGGGUAGUAUACUAUGUAUAAAAAUCAGUAAAAAACUCUGCUCGACCUUAUUUUAUAGGCUAAAUGGUGAUGGUAUAGUGGGAUACUAAAUUAUUUUCCAGCAUAGUGUCUAUAGAAUUAGUAAGAGAAAAACAAACUGUAAUUUGAAUUUAGCGCCACAGCGGCGACUAAUAGUAUUCAAGCCGCUGACCAUCUGGCAACGCUACUCAAAAUGACAGCUAAAUUCAACAGUUCAACGACGUGUGGUGUCGUGUGACAUGUGACAUUGUCACAGACUUGUUUACGUUGUUUGAUGUAAUAAAUUUUAUGUUUCAUUCUUGACGGUCAAUGUCAGUGCAAAUUGUGUGUUCUCAAAACCGUGAUGUGUUGCCAGAUUGGAAAAACUAACUACGUCACGAACUUUUAUUUUCACGUAGGGGCGGGGCUAAGAGGAAAUUUAAAAAAAAAAAUUCCAGGCUACUGCGGCUUUUACAAAGCAACUGAUUACACUAAAUAGUACGAUACGUCGAGUAAAUUAUUGCGUAGUAGUUAAAAAUCAAUUGUAUACUACCCCAUUAUACCUAUAUCCUCUUUUCAUGUUAGUAAGGACGAAAAUAGGUCAUAGGUAUAAUGAGUUGUGAAAUAACUAGUUUCAUGUCAGCCAUGUUCUGGAAUGAUUUACAAAUGAGAAAUUCGGCAUCCUCGCAUUUUUGGGGAAGUGGCGUCCAAUCCCGCGUUUUCGCAGCAGUUUAAAAAUUCGAUUUCAAAAUAAUUUUAUUUUCAAAAAUAAGUAUACAGAUGUUAUGAGAAUAACUAAUAGAUAGAAAGUUGCCUAUUUUUUUCAUGAAUUCACAUUGUUUCGUCCACUCAAUAGUUUUAAGUUAUUUGUAUUAAAUUGUUAAGAUUGUCCUUCAUUGAAUUAUUUUUGUUUUGUUUAUUUUGCCAAUUAUUUAUUGAAGUACAUACUUUAAAUUUGGAGUAAACUUUUAAUCCACGAUUCACCCUUCAGAUUAUUUUCGCGUUCUUGUAUAUUUGAGGUCUUUACCUACUUAACGCAUUGCCCUCAUAUAUGCGUGGAAGAAUCAUACGACAAUUCGACGUGACGCGUCG